AUGUACCUGGACAUGCAGGCCACCACCCCGCUGGAUCCCCGGGUCGUUGAUGUCAUGCUGCCAUUCAUGACGGAGCAGUAUGGGAAUCCGCAUUCACGCACUCACUUGUAUGGCUGGGAGGCCGAGGAUGCGGUGGAAGUCGCUCGUGCCCAGGUGGCAGGCGUGAUUGGCGCGGAUCCCAAGGAGAUCAUCUUCACAAGCGGCGCCACCGAAUCCAACAACCUGGCCAUCAAGGGCGUGGCGCAGUUCUACAAGGACAAAAAAAACCACAUCAUCACCACUCAGACGGACCACAAGUGUGUGCUGGACUCCUGCCGGUACCUGCAGCAGCGCGGCUUCGAUGUUACCUACCUACCUGUGGAGAAGAAUGGGCUGAUCAACCUGGGGCAGCUGGCUGAUGCCAUCCGCCCAGAGACGAGCCUGGUCUCUGUGAUGGCGGUUAACAACGAGAUUGGCGUUGUGCAACCGCUGAUGGAGAUUGGGAAGCUGUGCCGCCAAAACAAGGUCUUCUUCCACACAGAUGCAGCACAGGCGGUGGGCAAGAUCCCCAUCGACGUCAACGCCAUGAACAUCGACCUGCUCUCCAUCAGCGGGCAUAAGCUGUACGGGCCUAAGGGGAUUGGCGCCAUCUACAUCCGCCGCCGCCCGCGGGUGCGCCUGGAAGCGCAGAUGAGCGGCGGCGGCCAGGAGCGCGGCCUUCGCAGCGGCACCGUGCCACACUUCCUGGCAGUAGGCCUGGGUGCAGCAUGCGACAUUGCAGCCCAGGAAAUGCAGCGAGACCAGGGGCACAUCAAGCGGCUGAGCGAGCGGCUCUACAAUGGCAUCCUCUCCCAGCUGCAGGGCGUUGUGCUGAACGGCGACCCGCUCUCGCGCUACUGCGGCAACAUCAACCUGUCCUUUGCCUACGAUGUUGCGGUCUCGAGUGGCAGUGCAUGCACCAGUGCCAGCUUGGAGCCUUCCUACGUGCUGCGGGCGCUAGGUGUUGAGGAGGACAUGGCACAUACCUCCAUCCGUUUUGGCAUUGGCCGUUUCACCACAGAGGCAGAGGUUGACCGCGCAGUCGAGCUGACGGUGCAACACGUUAACAAGCUGCGGGAGAUGUCGCCCUUGUGGGAGAUGGUCCAGGAAGGCAUAGACCUGAAGACUAUCCAGUGGAGCCAACACUAGCUCAAAUGCCCGACUUAUGCAUGCAUUUUCCCCUGCUUUUCCUCCCUCUCCCGCUUCGCCCCCUUUGUAUACUUUGAUUCCUGUGCAUGCUCCAGGCCUUUAACACACAGAGAGGUC